AAGUGUAUAAACGAGGCAAACAUGCACCAUAUAAAUGUGCAUGUGUCAUGCGACCCGCUCUCAGUCUGAGUUGCAUAAGAAGGAUUAAACUGUCCAAUUUUUUGUAUUCACAUAGAAAUGGCUGAUAUUAAACCUAAUGGUAUGGCCUGUAAUGAAGGGUGCGGAUGCCCUGUUCCUUGCCCCGGUGGUACAGCUUGCAGGUGCUCAACCAUGAGAAGUGGCGCGGGAGACGGGCACAAAAAAUGCGGAUGCAGGGAGCAUUACGGGUGCAAUCCGUGCUCGUGCGCAAGGGCGUCGGAGACGGUAGGAGUUGGGAAGGCUAAUUGUAAGUGUGGCCCUGGCUGCGCCUGUGCUACUUGUGCCGCUUAACUGCUUCAAUCCCCUCGGAUCUAUGUAUAGUGUACAGUACUAGAGUCACUCUCUAGCUAGUUUUCAGCUAGCAGAUCUAUAAAAUAAAAUUUGGUUUUGUAAUAUAUUUAUGCAUCAUACUUCUUAUUCUAAUUAGACGAGAUAGUUAUGUGUAUGCCUAGCAUCAGAAUCGUUUGGGCCUCCAACUUAU